GGGGAGGAGUCGCUGAAAAAGGUGAAUGGCUCUAAUGGCUGGCUAGCUAAUCAGAUGGAGAAAAAAACACAUUAAAAUGUUCCUGAGUGUGAAUUUCACUACUAUACAUGUGUUGUAAACCCUUUAUAAGGAUUUUAUGAUUGAAAGCAUCUCUCUUUCUAUAUGCAUUGCUCUUUAAGCCGAGAGUGAUAGAGUCGUUUCCUCUGAUCUCAUGAGGCUUUAGCAUGCUAGCAUGCCCUCUGAUUUUAUAUCUCUCCUGAGCGCCGAUAUCGACCCUGGUUCUCCUAAAUCACUCUAUUCCAAAGCCCUAAUCUGCAGCGGACCUCUGUGUUGCAGAGUCAGUGUAUGACCUGCUCCCCAAAGAGCUGCAGUUGCCCUCGGUCGCUCAGCAGGACAGCCGGUUCCCCAUGAGCCAGAAGAGCGGUGGAGAGGCGGGCCCUCCUCCUGCUGCGGCCCUGGCCUCAGAUGCUGCCGCCACAUGCACCGCUGCCUCCUCCCCUGGAGGACUCAGCACCCUUCCUUCCUGUCCCAGCAUGCUCUCUGCUACCUCCGCCCAGGAGCAGGCGCCCAGGCUCGGGCCCGCCCCCGAGGGGGUGCCCGAGAGAGUGUGUGUGGAGCCCGGUUCAGCUGCGGGCGAGAGCCAGGCGACCCCCUCGAAGCGCCGGACCGUCCUGAGCAUCUCCCCGCCUCCCGAGGAUCUGCUCGACGACAGCCGGAUGUCCUGCCAGGAUGAUCUGCUCCCCAACCCGGACUCGGAGCAGAGCGGCAGCAUGUGGAUGGACGACUCGGUGUCCAACUUUAGCAUGGGCAGCAGCAGUUCAUACAACGACAACACUGAAGUGCCCAGGAAGUCUCGAAAGAGGACUCCUCGGCAGCGGCCGGGGCCGAAACCCGCGGCCCGCGAGGAGGCCGGCAUGGAUGUGUUUGAUGCAGACAGCGCCAAAGCGCCACACUUUGUUCUUUCACAACUGGGUUCAGACACCAAAGUCACACCCAAAGUGAGCUCCCUGGAAGUGUCAAACAAUCAGAAAGGGGGGAUUCUUUCCAUUCAGUACCCGCAGAAGAGCGAAGGGAAGGAGCUGAAGAUUUUGAUUCAGCCAGAGACACAGCAUAGAGCACGAUACCUCACAGAGGGAAGCAGAGGAUCCGUCAAAGACCGUACCCAGCAAGGAUUCCCUACAAUCAAAUUAGAGGGAGUCAGUGAACCAGUGGUGCUCCAAGUAUUUGUGGCUAAUGACGCUGGGCGUGUGAAGCCUCAUGGGUUUUAUCAAGCCUGCAGAGUGACGGGGCGCAACACAACGGCAUGCAAGGAAGUGGAUAUCGAGGGGACCACAGUUAUUGAAGUGAACCUUGAGCCGACCAGCUCUAUGACCCUACCCGUGGACUGUGUGGGAAUCUUGAAGCUGAGGAAUGCCGAUGUUGAAGCUCGUAUAGGGGUUGCUGGCUCCAAAAAGAAGAGCACUCGAGCUCGUUUGGCCUUCAGAGUCAACAUCCCAAGACCUGACGGAUCUGUCCUAACCCUUCAGACUCUCUCCUCUCCUAUCUUAUGCACUCAACCUGCUGGAGUGCCAGAAAUCCUUAAGAAGAGUCUUCACAGUUGUUCUGUCGCAGGAGGAGACGAGGUCUUUAUCAUCGGCAAGAACUUUCUCAAAGGAACCAAAGUUCUUUUUCAGGAAAAUUCUACAGAUGAGAGUGGCUGGCAAGCUGAAGCAGAAAUUGACAUGGAACUUUUCCAUCAGAAUCAUCUAGUGGUGAAGGUUCCCCCAUAUCUUGACCAGACAGUGGCCGCCCCAGUCUCUGUUGGGAUUGCCGUAGUGACAAACGCAGGGAGAACGCAUGAUCUACAGCCUUUUACCUACACUCCUCUUACAGAGAAAGUUGAAAUACCAGUGAAGUCAGAACUGCCAGCCACAGUCAAGGCUUGUACUUUUGAAGAGCAGAUAAAAGCAAUGCAAACAGAGACCAGUUGUCUAAACAAUGUCUUAUUGUUACCUAUGGUCAAACGAGAAGAACCUAUGGAUGUCUCCUGCAACGCAACACCUUCAGACAUCUUUAAGCCUGUAGAGGCCCUUAGUUCAACCCAACAAAUCUUGGAGAUAAGUACUGUCCUUCCCUCUGCCACUAAGUCUUUUCCAAGCCCUGUGGCUCUCCAAACCGUCGACUCACCACAGUCAUCGGCUCAAAUAUUUACGACUCAAGAAACCUUGUCCACCAUACAGAAGCAGGACAUUCCUUCCCCUGCAUCGUUCCAAGUGUCCUUGUCAGAAGACACAACGGUUCUCCAGCCGGUUCCCCCUCAGGUCCCUCAGCAGUUCUUGCGGGAAACCCCAGAAACUUUGUCUCCGGAAGACAACAGUGCAGAUGGAAGUGGAAUGGUAUUGGUGGGCAUAGACUCUCGUAAUCCUCCAUCCCAGCAGCCACAGGUUCAGGCGCAUUUACCCCAGGAUGGGGUUGCACAGCUAGAGAGAGCAGUAAGAGAGCUGCAAGCACAACAGCAGCUAAACUCUGUACUUUAUAGCCCAGCGCCGUCUGCGGAGAGCCUUCAGCAACACGUCCAGGAAAACAUGAACAGUUUAAGGUUGGGUGGAAAUGAGACAUCUCUAACCAACCAGCAACAGCAGCAGCAAGAGCAGAAUAUAUUGGAGAAUCUACAUCAACAGCAACAGAAGGCACUUGUGGAUUUACAACAUCAACAAACAGUCCUUGAAAAUUUACAGCAACAUCAGAAAGUCUUGGAAAACCUCCAGCAACAGGCUCUUGGCAACAUUCAGCAGCAGCAGCAGCAAACACACAAAGUUUUGGAGAAUCUACAGCAUCAACAACAGCACCAGAAAGUUCUCGAGAACAUUCAGCAACAAAGUUCAAUAGUGACUCUGCAGCAUCAAAAAGUAAUUGAUAAUCUUCAACAGCAGCAACAGCAUCAGAUAAAUUUAGAAACUCUUCAGCAUCAGGAAGUUUUAGAGAACCUAAAGCAACAUUUGCAGUCAGAGCUCUUGCAGACACAGAUUCCAAUGCAGUGCACACCGAGCUUCACCAGCGAACAGCAGAGCUCCUCACAGACGAAUACUCUAUCGCAGCCCUCAGAAGGCUUCCUCCAGAACCCACCCCAGCAGCAGUUACAGCAGCAGACUGCACUUUUCCAACAGACUGGAGGUCUUAUGACCAUUCAGACAUCUAGCUUUCUGCAGCAGCCAUCCUCUCAACCUUCCCCCCCUCAGCCGCUCUUUCAGAGUCAUAACCCCUUGACUGAGACACAAGACUCGCAGGCAGUACUCUUUGGAUCCACAAAGUCACCACAGGUUCAAGCAGCCUUAUUUCCUGGUACCAUGACAAUGCUAACAAGCACCAAUCUACCCACAGAACAGCAGGCUCCUUCAACUAGCCUGUUUAUUACGCAAAGUGUGUUGCCUAGCCAGCUGCCAUCGGAUAAUAACCAGAACCAGCAGCAGCAGCAACAGAUAACUUUCCUCACACCAAUGCAGACCUCUGGAACAGACGCCCAGACUGUGUCACUUUUUCAGGGACAAACACAGUUGUCCACCCCAAUGGAACAACAGGCUCCCCAACAACAACAGAUGGCAACACCCCAACAAGCCCCCCUUUUCCCAAAUAUUGCCACAAUAUCUCCAAAUCAGCAACAAACACAGACAGGCAUAUUGUUCUGUACCACAACCAUUAAUCCCCAUGAUCUGCCCCAGGCUCUGUUAUUCAGUGGCCAGAACCAAGCUUCACUAGGAAGUGACCGCCUCCCAGAAAAUAUCUUUCAGGAGCAGCAACCCAUGCAAGUUGUUCCCAGCUCUGAAAACGUUACUGCGAACAACCCUUCAAACCAACCUACCGUUCCGCCAGCCCAGUCAAAUCAGAAUCCAUCCAUUAUUUUUCCGCAAGCCAGUGUUGUGAAUGUUGCCCAACAAGACUCGGCAGAGCCCAUGUCUUUUCAAGACCAGAGCACCAUUGUGAGUGACUCGUCUGCCAGUAUGCCUUCAACACGGACAGAACUUUUUCAGGAUCAGCAACCUAUGCAGGUUGUCCCCAGUGCCACCAGCGUAACCCCUGUCUCUCCUACAGACCAACCUUCUGUCAACAAUUUUUUGCCUCAGUCAGCAAUUUUAGCCCUGCAAGGUGGUGUAAGUUCUCAGGACUUGCCUCCGACUGCGGCAGCGGCCACUAUAUUCAGUGGACAGAGUGGUGUGGCAGUGAGCGGCCUACAGAACUCCACUCCCACCACCCCUCAGCAACCGCCCAGCCAACUCUUUCAGACCGCUAUUGGGGGGACUCUCAGCCAGCCUGGACAGCCAGGACAAGCAGGCCUUUUUCUCUUUGAGAUUCCCAGUGAGUGUGGACAGCUAAUAAACUCUCCUGGUCCGGCGUUGUCAGAUCAGCUCGUCACCAUGGGUCAUCCUGGUUCGGAUCAGAAUCAGACCCAGCUUCAGAAUAAUGCGCAGAUUCAGACCUUACUGGACCCGUCCAACAACAUUGACGAGAAGAUAGACGAACUUCUGGAACGUUUUCAGGAGCAGGGAAAGACGCUUCCUAGGGAUUUCUUGGACCAUUAAAGAUGAGUAGUUCGAAACCUCACUUCAGUAGACCACCGUCCUCACUGCUUGUCGCGUUCCUUUACAUCUUGCGUCUUAUGUCGGUAUUAUCUAAGCUUAUCUAAGGGUCGUCUCAGUUGGGGGUCUUCACUUAUAUCUAUGUUUCUGAAAGCUUGUAAUGUGUUGUUUUGGCGGGACAUGUUAGCUAUGGAUCUCGCCACGGCUCCUUUUCUUGAUGGACAUAUAAGGGUCCACUUUAUUGAGGCCACUGUUUGGCAUGUCAGCAUAUCAUGUGACCCAUUAAGCCAUUAAGUAUAUUGGCACUUUGCUACUUUGUAUUGUGUUCUUGACUUCCAGUUGAAUCUUCUCCAUUUAUUGCCACUGUUAACCUGUUUUUAGUAGAAACCAACCUAGUACAAUAUUAAAUCAAAAACUCUCUGUUGCCGUUGAGAUACUAAUACAUUGUGAAUGAAUUUGAAAUAUAUUUAGCACUUUAGGGGGUUUCUACCGUAACCGGAGAUUCUCCCUUUUAGCUUUGUAACCCAUACGUGUCUACUUGGCUGUCAAAGCUUUUCAUGUUUUGAUAGUCAUAAUGCUUUUCUAAAAAAAUGUGUUUGUGUUUCAUUACUCUUCAGUGACUCUUUUCUGAAUAUAGCCUAUUUUAUGAGCCAUGUUUAAUGUUUUUUUUGUGUUUGAAUGUUUGACAUGUCCACCUAAUCUCUCCGUUUUCUCAUGACAUUUAAAGUGAAGAUGCUCAAUCACUCCUACUCUUUUCCUCUGUUUUAGUUUUAUUUUAUUUUAUUUUAUUUAAAUGAACAAGAGGUCCAACUUGUAGACAUGAAUUCCUAUCAGGGAUGUGAAAAUGUGCAACAUUGCCAUUGAGAUAUGUGAACUGAUUGUAUUAUCAUUCAGCCGAGGGUCUACGAUGUGUUUGUGUGUGUGUGUGCGUUUAACAGAAAGACAUGUUGCUGUUUGUACUAUAUAAGAUGCAGCUGUGUUCUUGAUUUUGAGUUAUAUGUGGGUCAUGGAGAUUAUUCAAAUAAGCACAAGCUUGGAAGAGGGUUUGUUGUGGUGGUUCACCAUGUCGUUCCAAACGCGCAUGACCUUCUCUCAUCUGUGGUCCUCAAAAAACAAAACAUAAACUCAAGAUAUUUUGCUUUAAUGAGAUUUAAGAGUUUAUACCAAGGAUCAUCUAAAGGAUUUUGUUCGCUUAUGCUCUGAGUUUGACA